CAGAAACGCCCCACGGAUCGCCUGCCGGGAGCGGAGCCACCAUGAACAAGGCCGCCACAAGGAAGAGUGAGGUGCUGGCGGCCGAGGUCGUGGCGGUCCUGACCGAAGCCAUGGCGACGCUGCGGGACAUCUGGGAGGAGAUCGGAAUCCCGGAGGAGCAGCGCCUGGAGCGUACCCGUACGGCCAAAAAGCACAUCCAGGAGCUCCUGGUUGAGAUGGUGGAAGAGGAGGAAGGUCUGAAGGCACGUCUUCUGAAGAGCAUUGAGCUGUGUCAGCAGAAGCUUCACAGUCUCUGCAAGGAACUGCAGCUGGAGCCCUUGGAGACAGAGGAGGAAGGAACCAUUCUGGAGAGAGAGAAGAGCCUGCGGACCCGUGUGGAAGUGCUGCUGAAGCAGAGGAGGGACAGGAAGGAGGAGCUGAAGAACCUGCAAGAGCAGGAGCAAGACCUGUGUGACCUCCUCUGCACCGCUCCGUUCUCCAUCGACGCCAAGGCCGUGCCCAGCCUGGAGCAGCUGGAUCGCUAUCGGCGCCACUUGGCCUCCCUGGCUGCUGAGAAAGAGCGAAGGCAGGAAGAGUUUGUCCGCAGCAGGCGGCAAAUCAUCCUCCUGAUGGAGGAGCUGGACCACACUCCAGACACCAGCUUUGAGCAGGACGUGGUGGAUGAGGAUGUGGAAGCCUUCUGCUUGUCCACAGACAACCUUGCAGCCCUGCAGGAGCUGCUGCGCCAGCUGGAAGCUCGGCGGGCGCUGAACGAAGCUGCGUGCGCAGAGCUGCGCUCCAGGAUCAAGAUGCUCUGGGAACGGCUGCAGGUCCCUGUGGAGGAGAGAGAGUCCUCUGCAGUGCACGUGCCUGGGUGCAGAGCCAGGACCAGGAAAGCUCUGCAGCUGGAAGUGGAGCAUCUGGAGGAGCUGAAGCUGCAGAACAUGAAGGCUGUGAUUCAGGCAGCCCGGGCAGAGCUGGCUGACUACUGGGACAGAUGCUGCUACAGCCAGGAGCAGAAGGAGGCCUUCAGCCCCUACUACGAUGAGGACUACACAGAGACCCUGCUCGAGCUCCAUGACACCGAGGUGGUGAAGAUGAAGAACUACUAUGAAGCACACAAAGAUCUGUUUGAGGCUGUCCAGAAGUGGGAGCAGAGCUGGAAUCUGUUCCUGGAGCUGGAGAGGAAGGCAUCUGACCCCAGCCGCUUCACCAACCGUGGGGGGAGUCUGCUGAAGGAGGAGAAGCAGCGCUCCAAGCUGCAGAAGGUGCUUUCCAAGCUACAGGAUGAGCUGGAGAAGAAGAUCCAGGCCUGGCAGCAGGAGCACCAGACUGUUUUCCUGGUGAAGGGGCAGCAGUUCAUGGAGCAUGUGAAGGCGCAGUGGCAGCUGUACCACCAGGAGAAAGAGAAGGAGAAGCAGGAGAGGCAGCUGAAGAGGAGCCGUGAGACUGAGGCAGAGAUGAUGUUUGGCAGCACCCCGCGGACGCCCAACAAGCGCCGGGUGCUCGGCCCCCACACGCCUGGCAAAGUAAGGAAGCUUAAUGGCACCUCCAUCUGCACCCCCAACAGCACCGUCCGCUCUGUUUUGGGGCAAACCACCUGCUACUCGCCCUUGUCACGGCUGCCACCUUCUGGAGGCAAGCUCAGGCCACCUCGGACCCCUGGCCCCAUGACCCCGAAGACGCCCCGGCCUGGCUACAGGGAGCAGAACAAGGAGAACGUGGCCCAGCAGCACGGCAGCACCCUGAGCGGUGGGUGCCCCCCCACAGCCCCUGCCCAGCAGAGCCUCAGCGUUAGCUCUGUGCCCGGCACCUAUUCUGCCUUUGCGCGUGAACUUUCCAAGGCAUCCAAGGCUGACAGCAUCCUGAACUCCACUGCUACCACUGCCUUCUGCCGCGGCGCUGCCGCCUCCAGCUGCCCCUAGCCGCCGGGAGUGGCUUCGCAGGCAGAGCUCAGGCAGCUGCCGCCGGGGCCCUGGGCUCAG